AUGUCUUUUCAUACAGCAAAACCAAACCGGUCCGACUCAUACCGGCCAAGGCAUGUCGAAAAAGUUACACCUGACGCAAUUUGGACCAAGAUACAUGGCACAAUCAUUAGUGCAAACGUAUUAGAUAAAGCGGGAAUGGCAUAUAGAGUUUUCCCCGACUUCACCGCCGUGCUUGGAAAGCUUUCUCGGCCUGAAAUUGCCGAACUUACACGUCAAACUUACGAGGCACGUCAACGGAGAAAAAGCAGCAAAACUCCCGUCGAUGGACAUCGCAUCAAGGCAGGCGAGCCCAGUGGGAUGAUGGACCGGGCAAGCAACGCAAGUGACAGUUUACAGCAUCACUCAACUGGGUGCCCGAGGUCUGGGGCCAGACACUCAUCUGUGAAAAAAGAACAUGAACACAAUCAUCGACCUCGCCCCAACAGCUCAGACGAGGAAAGGAGGUGCUCCCAGUCCAAAAGAAACGAAAAGAACGAUGAUGGACAAAUAAACAAAAGCAACAUCUCUCGUCCCUUGGCACAGCCAGCACUGACCGCGCCAGCGGGAAAAUACGCCGACAAGACAGAUAAGAAGCUGCCGAUAAAACCAAUCCUCAAAAAGGAAGGGACGAGUCGUGUCCGAUUCGGUCCCGGUGUGCAGAUAAACACGUUGCACGGGGAGACAAGUACAAGAAAGCGGCAUGAGAAUGCGCCCGUGGGACAUAUAAGUUACAGUAAACAAAAGGAGGGAAGUUAUCGUCAAUAUGAACAGAGUAUGUCCUUUAAACAGGAGGGUUCCUAUAACAGAACAUGUAAAGACGGAAAAUGUGAGUCUGUCGCGUGUCGUUGUUUUUGGGAGCGGAGUUGGGAUCGAGAUGGAGUCCGACAGAGUGCGGAACGGCGUUUGACCAGCUCUAGAAAUUAUCAUGGUUUCGGAAGAACCGAUGGCAAGUAUACGUCUCCGAAGCACGAGAUAGAGGUAUUCGUCACAGGCCGGACCACCGACUAUAGGAUACAGAUUGUCGUAGAGUAUAAGGACCUUACCAAGCAUAUGAGAAGAUAUACAGUAUUGUACAGUACUGUCGGCCUACUGCACAGAUUCAAGCGCAACCAAGUAACAAAACCAACCCGCUCCAUCAGUAUACUCUUGCCCACGGGCCUUGUAUGUUGUGGCUUGGGAGGUGGAGGAUUCGCGGUGCGCCGACCUUCCGUACAAAGUAAGGAUGUCGGUACUGGGGCCGGUUAA